AUGGCGAAGCGAGGAGGAGCCGCGGGCGGCGAGGGGCGGGCGCAGGGGCGGGCUGCGGGAACUCCCCUCGCCGGCCGGCCGCCGGGCUCCGCGCUCGCGCCGCGCCUCCGCGCCCCGCGGCCCGCACCUGCGCCGGGCCGCCCCGCCCCCGGAGCCGACUUUCCGCUCGCGCUGGGAAGGCGUCCUCCCAGCAGCAGUAUGAAGAAGACGCUGAUGUUUGACCAAACUACUUGUGACUUCCAGAGCCCACCCCUUGGAGCAGAGAGGGGCCGGCUAAGCCAGUCGGUGAUUUCUUCAACAGGGAAACUCCCCUCCAAAGGCUCUAAGCAUUUGAGGCUCACACCUGUUCCCUUCACAGAUGAGAUGACUUCAUCAGCUCUGGUCAAUAUUAAUCCCUUCACGCCGGAGUCCUAUAGAAAACAAUUCCUUCAAUCCAGUGGCAAGAGGAAAACCCGAGGAGAUCUUGAGGAAGCUAGUCCAGAGGAAGGCAAGGUAGAACAAGGGCUGCCUGCCAAGAGAUGUGUUCUACGAGAAACCAACAUGGCUUCCCGCUAUGAAAAAGAAUUCUUGGAGGUAGAAAAAAUUGGGGUUGGAGAAUUUGGUACAGUCUACAAGUGCAUUAAGAGGCUGGAUGGAUGUGUUUAUGCAAUAAAACGCUCUACAAAAUCUUUUGCAGGAUUAUCAAAUGAGAAUUUGGCUUUGCAUGAAGUUUAUGCUCAUGCAGUGCUUGGGCAUCACCCCCAUGUGGUACGUUACUAUUCCGCAUGGGCAGAAGAUGACCACAUGAUCAUUCAGAAUGAAUACUGCAAUGGUGGGAGCUUGCAGGCUGCUAUAUCUGAAAACACAAAGUCCGGCAAUCAUUUCCAAGAGCCAAAACUCAAGGACAUCCUUCUACAGAUUUCCCUCGGGCUGAAGUACAUCCACAGCUCUGGCAUGGUGCACCUGGACAUCAAACCUAGCAACAUCUUCAUGUGCCAUAAGAUGCAAAGUGACUCGCCUGUAGUUCCAGAAGAGAUUGAAAAUGAAGCUGAUUGGUUUCUCUCUGCCAAUGUGAUGUAUAAAAUUGGUGACUUGGGUCAUGUGACAUCAAUAAGUAAACCUAAAGUGGAAGAGGGAGAUAGUCGCUUCCUGGCUAAUGAGAUUUUGCAAGAGGAUUAUCAGCACCUUCCCAAAGCAGACAUAUUUGCCCUGGGAUUAACAAUUGCAGUGGCUGCAGGAGCAGAGUCGUUACCCACCAAUGGCGCUGCAUGGCAUCAUAUCCGUCAGGGCAACCUUCCGGACAUUCCUCAGGAGCUCUCGGAAGAGUUUUGCGGUCUACUCAAGAACAUGAUCCAUCCUGACCCAGGGGAGAGACCUUCUGCAGCAGCUCUGGCCAGAAGUCGAGUUCUCCGUCCCUCCCUGGGGAAAGCUGAAGAGCUCCGGCAGCAGCUUAACUUGGAAAAGUUCAAGACAGCCACACUGGAAAGGGAAUUGAGAGAAGCCCAGCAGGCCCAGUCCCCCCAAGAAAGUCCUGGUGACCCUGGGACCCCGACAGGAUCAAGAAGCACUAAACGUCUGGUGGGAAGAAAGAGCGCGAAGUCUUCAAGCUUCACUUGUGGGACGUCUUCCCCAUAAGAACUCAUUUCACACGAUCCCACUUUUUACCUUAUAGCUUCCAGAAAUAGAUAUUGACUAUAUCAGCCUUUCUCUUGUAAAUGUAAAGAUUAACCAAUUUGACUGCCCAAAGAUUUCAAAAGCCACUCCUAAUUUAGCAUUUAUAGCGAAUGUCCUGUUAAGGCCUCCUCUUAGCAAUGGUCCCAGGUACAAUAAUUGGGGGCCAUUUCUCUUCUCUAUUGUUAUUUUCCUAAUGUCACUUAUCAACAGUUUGUUCACUUCCUACAUCUACUGAUGCACAACAGGAAAGCACGGGCCUGUGAACUGAAAGAAGGGAAGGAAGCAGCCCUCCGUGCAGCCUGUGGACUAAGACGUUGCUGGAGCUGAUUUACCUACCAAGGAUCCCAGAGACUCUCCCUGUGCAUAGAAAGGAAUACAAUUUUGUUUUGAGUUGAGGUAACAGUUGACAAGAAAAUGUGCUUGGAUUUCAACAAUGCUUCCCAGGUUAUACAAUGGAUUCCUGAGAGAAUUCUCAGCCACUUCAAGCAAGUGGCUUUCCUACUAUAGUUUCUCAAUGGAGACAACCCCUUUCUCUGAUAUUGUAUUUAUUAAAUGAGUGAAUCCAUUAUGUGAGGUGGGUAGAAAUAAGACUACACAUAACUUGAAAUUUCUGAGCUGGCUAUUGGCUUAUGGAACAAAGACUCUGGGUAGCGGGUCCGAGGGAGAUUUGAUGCGGCUGUUCUCCUGCAGUCUACUUGCCUUGAUCCUCUUGUAACUGUUAUGAUUGGUUUUGAUUUUCUGGGUGUCACCAAUUUCUCCUUGAUUUUAUCAGAAUUUGGCUUCAUUUCCUGUGAUUUUUAUCAUAUUUUAUCCAAAUCCUCUUCUCUGUAUAUAUUUUUAAAGGAACAGAAUAUUUGUAAAUAAAGGUUUUUAUCUUGUUCAAAGCCAGACAUGGAUAAAGCACUCUUCUUUGUAAUAUGUAACUGACAAAGAAUGAGAAAUUUAUGUUGGAAACCAUUUCAUGAAUAGAUAGGUGAGAGAAUUUGGUGGGUUGGUACUAACAGGUCUUGCCUUCAAGACCAGCUUCACAGGCCCAAAAGCUAAUAAUGGCCAGGCUAUGAUACAAAAUAAUGUUGGUCAUAAAGGCAUUUUAUAACUUCUAGUUGUGUCAUAUUAAUGAAGGUAGCCUGUUUGUAGGCUUUUUUGCUGCCUUAGUUUCUUCUUUUCCCUUAAUUUUUAAAAGCA